AUGAAACCCAACCUGAAACAAUGGAAACAAGUUAUGCUGUUUGGAAUAUUUGCCUGGGGCCUCCUGUUCCUAUUUAUCUUCAUAUAUUUCACAGAUAGCAACACCACUGAUGCAGCUCCGAGUUCCUUCUCAUAUGUUGAGACUAAAAGACUCCUACCUAUUCAAGGCAAACACAGGGUUAUCAUGGGAGCAAUUCAUGACCCACCCUUCUCCGAAGCAGUCAAUGAGAUGCUCUUCAACAGAGACGUCUUAGAUUCAUUUAAGUCAGAGACUGGGAAUAUUAAAAAGUGGACUGGCUUAGAUAAUAGUUUUGAAAGUGAAGAAUUUUUUCCUUCUCAGUUAAGAAGGAAAUCCAAAAGCAAUUUUCAUCAGAGGGACAGUGAUUAUUUAUUUGCUGCUGGUCAGCCUCAGUUAUCAAAUAAUGUUCAGCGAAUAGUGAAAUUAAACUCUGCACAGGGGGAGAUUCAGAAGAGGAAUAUUUUGCAGAACGCUUGGUUCCCUCAAAAGAAGAUAAAGAAAAGGCACAUAAAUCACAGAGGAACAGAACUGGUUGAAGGGUCCCAUGAAUGGAAUGAAAUGUAUUCCACAAUGUCAAAAUCAUUCCUGUUCAGGCUUUGGAGGGGGGAUGUCUCCUCCAACAUGCUGAAUCCUCGCCUUCAGAAAGCAAUGAAAGAUUACUUGAAUGCCAAUAAGCAUGGGGUGAAGUUCAGAGGGAAGCAAAACUCCCAACUGACUUCAGAACAGCUCUUCUGCGAGCUCAAAGCGCGUGUAAACAUCAGAACCAUUGAUGGUGAGGAAGCUCCCUUUUCAGUCCUUGGUUGGAAAAAACAUGUCCCUCAAACUUCACUGAACAAAUUAUAUCCUCGUGGAUUUGGAAGCUGUGCUGUCGUUAUGUCUGCUGGUGCCAUACUGAACUCUUCUCUGGGGCAUGAAAUAGAUUCUCAUGAUGCAGUUCUGCGAUUCAAUUCAGCUCCAACAAAAGGUUAUGAAAAAGAUGUUGGAAAUAAAACUACAAUGCGCAUCAUUAAUUCCCAGAUUCUUACUCAUCCUAAUUAUCAUUUCGUCGAUAACUCCUUGUAUAAAGAUGUUGUUUUAGUGGCUUGGGAUCCGGCUCCUUAUUCUUCAAAUUUGGAUAAGUGGUAUAAGAAUCCAGACUACAACUUGUUUACUCCAUACGUACAGCAUCGCAGUAAGAAUCCAAAUCAGCCGUUCUAUAUUCUUCAUCCAAAAUUUAUAUGGCAGCUUUGGGAUAUUAUUCAGGAGAAUACUAAAGAGAAAAUACAACCCAACCCUCCUUCUUCAGGUUUCAUUGGUAGGUAUGUCCAAUGGUAG